GACAGCCCAAGUAGCAGUAGAAGAAGAGCAGCAGACAGUUACCCGGAUGGUUUAGUUUGACAGCGACGUAAAGGUAACUGAAAUGACUCAACCUAAACUCCAGAGCAGCGCGCGGAGGGUAAGAUGCUGAUAACGCUGUGCUACGUCUACAUGUGGGUUCGCUUUCACAAGUGUUACUCGGUGCUGAUCAGCAACAGUCUGCUGAAACGGAAGAGCAGCAAGCGGAGCUCCUGCUUCAGCUUCCUCUCCAGCUCGGCCUCAGCACCUCCCCCUGGACUUCACCGGCCCAGAGCCCUGGAACCGGAGGACACCGUCUUCCUCCAGCUCGGAGACAAGACCGUGUGUGUGACGGAGCCUCAGGCUUGUGACGACCUCAGCAAAUGGACCGUUCUUCUGGGAUCUUCUUUGGGUUGUUCUUCACAAAUAGAGAAUAUUUCCUUCAUCAUUGAAGCUGCAGGACCCAAAGUGGGCCUCCCUCCUCCUCCUGCAGCUAACAAGAAAGUGGUGAAGUGGUCUGACUACUGUUCCCCUCUGGCCUGCAGUCCUGACCAGCCCUUCAGGGCAGUGGCUCAGGCCAGUGUAGACAACUUCAGCCUCCUCGGGGUCGCGUUUAUUGAAGAUCGCCUCCAGCUGGAAAAUGGACUAGUGCCUUCAAAGAUCAUUCCCGUUCUCCUCCAAGAUUGCACUCUGAGUAAGCUGCUGGAGAAACAGUGUCUGCAGAACCCAAAGACGGAGAGGACAGUCUCCUGCUCCCGGUUUCUUUCAAAGCCAUUUCCUCAUUAUCAUCCUCAGCUGCCAGCCGACCAGCAGCUCUCGCACUGUCUUAAAGGCAGUCUGCUCCUCAUCCCUGCAGUCAGGAAGCAAGAGAAGGAGCGUCGGGGCUCGGAGCCUCUCCUCAGCACCCAGGAUCUUGGGCCUGUUGGUAACGCAAAGGAACAUUGUUUGGAAGAUCAUCAGCACAUGGAAGGCCAUGGACACCACCUCCACCUCUCCAGCUGCCAUGAAUGUUUGGAGCUGGAGAGCAGCACCAUCCUGUCUGUCAAACACGCCUCUGCCGAGAACAUUCCAGACCUCCCCGAUGAUGACUCUGUUGGGCUGGACAGUGUCGACGGCUGUCUCGAGCUUGAGUUUGACGCCAGUGAUGACUGUAAGAACAAGACACCAAAUGUUCUGGUCUACACAGGCGGUUGCCAAGAGCGCUUCCAGACAAUUAAGCAGCUUUUACUUGAAUGUAUAAAUGUGGAAAACAACAUCAUCUACCCCCUCCUGCCACAACAGGCACUAAGCGACCCUUGGCUGGACAACACCAGGCUGCUGGUGCUGGCAGAGGAGGAUUCUCUGACUCCUGAGCUUCAGACACGCUUUCUUACCUACCUAAGCCAAGGGGGCAAGGUUCUGGGGUUAGGCUCCACUUUGUGCCCAGCAGGUCUCCUUCUAGAAGCCAGGGUAGAGCCGUGCCAGCAGCCCAGAAGGCUAAUCUUUACAAGAGAAGACAGCACAGAGCUGAAUCUGAGCAUCCUGGCAUGUGAAAACGUCUACGUCAGAGAUCCUCAGGAAGGUGGAGAGGUGGAGCUGUGGGGGGAGCUGAAAAGAGAAGUUCCUCAUCAGAGGGAGAUGGCCAUUGUUAGAGUAACCCACGGUGCAGACGGUGGGGAAGCUGUUCUUUGUCAGGUCCAUUUUGACAUGGGGCCAGACUCACAGAGUUUGGAUUCAGAGAACAUUGAUGAGAUCAAGGCCAACAAUGCACUGAGAUAUGAGAUACUGACAGAGAUUCUCACUUCUCUGGGUCUCACCUGCGAACCAAACCAGACUCCGGCCCCUAGUCCCGUCUACCUGCUGGCCACGUCUCAGGAGGCCAAGACCACCUUCCUGAAGUUCCUACAAACACGGGCAGAUUCCAGUGGCCUCAUUAAAAUCUUCAAGACCACUUUCAGAAUGAUGUCCUCUUCUGAGCUUCAUGAUGGUCCUUUACAACCUGAAGGCUGUCUGGCCCUGAUCACAGAGUCCAGGGACAUGGAGAACUUCAGCAUAGAAACGUACUGCAAAAAUCUGAAGACCAGCCAUCUAGGGCACACCCUGCUCUAUGCUGAGACAGCCACCUCUACAAUGGACCUGCUAGAAGGGCUCACGCUGCACCUACCCAAGGAUGUGGGUGUCAUCGCAGUAGCUACUCAGCAAACUCAGGGAAAAGGUCGGGGCAGAAACGCCUGGCUCAGCCCGGUGGGAUGUGCCAUGUUCACCGUUAGGGUCCAGGUAGAGCUACGCUCCAGGCUUGGAAGGAGGAUUCCUUUCUUACAGCAUCUGGCAGCUUUAGCCGUUGUGGAAGCUGUUUGCACCCUUCCUGGAUACCAGGACCUAGACCUGAGGGUGAAGUGGCCCAAUGACAUCUACUAUAGUAACCUGAUGAAGCUUGGAGGGGUCCUGGUCAAAUCCACUGUUAUUGGAGAGACCUUUCACCUGCUCAUAGGUUGUGGCUUUAACGUGACCAACAGCGAGCCAACGGCGUGCAUCAACGACCUGAUCCAGCAGCACAACAGGCAGAACAGCUGCAGCCUGGAGCCACUUAGCUGCUCACAGCUCAUCGCUCGGACCCUCAACUGCCUGGAGGCUCUCAUCAGUACCUUUCAACAAGAAGGACCAGAGGGCGUCCUGCCCACCUACUAUAAGAGAUGGCUCCACAGUGGGACCAAGGUGCGUCUCUGGAGCGAGGAUGGACCAGAAGCUCAGGUGGUGGGUCUAGACACCAACGGCUUCCUGCAAGUGUUCAGUGAAGAGCAUGGCACGGUGUCUGUGGAGCCUGAUGGAAACUCGUUUGACAUGUUAAAGAACCUGGUGGUCAUCAAGCAGCAGUAAGACCAGGAACGGGUCCACUACAGUCCAAGUGUCUUUCUGAUCAAUGAAGCAAUAAACUUUUUUAGUGUAAGAGAAGACUUUGUAUUGUUAUCUAAUGUCUGGUCUGGUUCCAUUUGGAUGCUGACAUGAUUUUAUUGUUUUAGGUCCCAUCCUUGUACACUUAUAAAAUGCAUUUUCUCAGCCUUGAUGCAAGUAUUUACAACCAAGUUGGACAGCAUAUUUUAUUAGUGAAACUCUUCUUUGAAGUGACCAGAAGCACUUGAACAGCUGACCAAAACGUUGUGUUAUGGAUACGUGGAGCACUUUCUUCCUGUCUUCACCUGUUUAGCCUGGGUUUAGGUGUAUUCUGGGCGUAUCUGUCGUUUAUUCAGUCAUCCAGGAAAGGCAGCUGUCCUUCCAACUCCAGGAACAAAACAGCUCAGUCUGAUGAGGGAACGUUUGACUAAAGGUGAAUGUGGGUUCAUGGAAAGUCCUGGAUGUGUAGAAAAAUCAGCUGCUGCCAUUGCUGCAUUGAUUCUAUGAUGAAGUGAAACAAUACCUCUAAUUUAAAAGUAAACAGGUCAUUAAUAAGUAUUUGUAUUUCUCCUUCAAACAGAGGCUUUUGUUCUAAAAUCGUAUCCAGUUUGGAUGUAAUGGACAUUAAACUUUAGGUCUAUAUUUUCAUAUCUCUAUUUAGACUUUAGCAUCAACUAUUGUCCCAAAAAAGUCUGUAAAACAUGUUUAAUGAUCCAGCCUGGUUGGAUGGGACCUUUAGAUCCACACUAAGCUGCUUUUCUGGAACGUUGUUUUGGUUUCAUUCUGUCUCCAGAGAAACCAGUUCAACCAGUCUGGUCUGGUGGAGUUUCCCUGGGUCUAGGUGACAUGGUGCUGAUGAACAGCAUCAUUGGUCAGAUGGUUUCCUACAUGGUGCUUCUAAGGCACCAAAUGCAGCUGUUCUCUUCCUCCCUGUUCCAACAGACAUGGCUUGCCCUGAUGUGGUUCUUUCUGCUCUGUUCUCUGAAAAGUCUCCAUUGCUGCUCUGACUUAAAGUAAAAUAAAGACUUCUGGAAAAUUG